AUGGGUCAGAUCAGACUUUGGGGAUUGAAGCAAGCGAAAGGAAGAAGGGACCUCACAGAUGAGGAGGAACUGCAGAAGAGAAUACUUAUGGGUAUAAUCAUAGAGAAACUUAAGGAAGCCAGGAAUGAGUACGAGGGUGAUUGGGAGGAUAGGGAGGAAAAAGCUGAGAUGGCGUCUUACAUCAGAACCCUCGUUACACUUCUGAAAGAGGUGAGAGUCGACCUUGGAAUAGGCACUGAAAAGAUGGUGGAAAAAGUAGUGGCUCAGACGAAACUCCCACCAAGAGAAACGAGAAAGCUGAAAGCUGUCCUAGCAAGUCAGGAAGAAACUGUAAGAAAAAUCUCCGAGAAGCUGGCGAGGGCCAGAACAGCGAGUACCAUAGAAAAAUACACCGAGAAGUUGGAUGACGCUGAAACUGCCGCAGUCGAGACAAAGGAGAAGCUUGGAAUGAUUAAGGUGAAGCCUGGAGAAAGGGAAGAGUCAAAGAGGAGGGAAGAACUUGGGCGUGCUAUGGGAGUUGUAAGGGAGACCUCAGUAAAGCUUAAGAACCCUGGAAAGAACAAGGAGGAACUAACGAAGAGACUCCAAAAGUAUCAGGAUAAGGUGAAAGAAAUAAGGAAAUCCCUCGGGAUAGCAAACCGGGAGGAGUCCCUGAGGUUGGAGAUGAAGGAACUCUCUGAUAAGAUUAAGACUCUUAACACUAAGACUGAUAAGGAAGAGAAGAAUAUGCUGAUGAGAGCAUGGUUUGAGUCAGGGAAAAAACUUAAGGAAACGAGAAAGAAAAAGGAAAAAGUUGUGAAAAGUACUUAA